GGAGAGGGGAGGGGAGAUGGGCGACGUCGCAAAACAGCUGAUUUCUUUUUCGCAGCUGUCAUGACUCGCGCGACGCACACGCGACGCAUGAAUAUCUAAAAUCCCUAAAAAGAAAUCUAGAAUUCCGGAAGUGCGUAAAGAAUUAUCGAGGUUAUCGGCCAUUGGAUAUUCGGACGCGCACGGUCGGAGAAUCGGCGCGUGGUGUGUGUGUGAGCGAGCUACGGCCAAUAUACGGCCCUGUUGUUGUGUACGCAGCCGACUUCUGCGCGCCUGCCGAGAGAGUACGUGUGAGUACGUUUCCAUGUGGGUGGCCUAUUUCGAAAUGAGACGCGACAUGUAAUCGCGCCGACAAUUAAUAACGUUGCGUGUUUUGAUGUGCGACGACAGUUGGCGAUAGGCAGCCGUCAGCCGUUGAGCGUUGACCGCGAGCGCGCGCGUCGAUUCCUCCUCUGGCUCGAGGGCGGAGAACGGUUGAUAAGCGAGACCACUACGAGGGCCAGCCCAAGCCAGCCAGCGUGUGGUGCGAGAGACCUCGUUACUUUUCCCGAAGAGUUUCCUCGGAAACGAGCGUCGUUCACUCGAGAUGAAGAAGAAGGUACUGUUGAUGGGCAAGAGCGGGUCCGGGAAGACGAGUAUGCGCAGCAUCAUCUUCGCCAACUACAUCGCCCGCGACACCCAUCGUCUGGGAGCGACGAUUGACGUGGAGCACUCCCACGUUCGUUUCCUCGGCAAUCUGGUGCUGAAUUUGUGGGACUGCGGAGGGCAGGAGGCGUUCAUGGAGAAUUACUUCGCGUCGCAGCGCGACAACAUAUUCAGAAAUGUGGAGGUGCUGAUUUACGUCUUCGACGUGGAGUCGCGGGAGCUGGACAAGGAUAUGCAUUAUUAUCAGAGCUGCCUGGAGGCGAUACUGCAGAACAGCCCAGAGGCGAAGAUCUUCUGCCUGGUGCACAAAAUGGAUCUCGUGCAGGAGGACCAGCGAGAUUACAUAUUCAGGGAGAGGGAGGAAGAUCUGAAGAGACUGAGUUUACCCUUGGAGUGCACUUGCUUCAGAACUAGCAUAUGGGAUGAAACUUUAUACAGAGCGUGGUCGUCCAUUGUAUAUAUGCUGAUUCCCAACGUGAAGGAACUUGAACAGAGCUUAAAUCAAUUUGCCAAUAUCAUCGACGCGGACGAGGUUCUUCUGUUCGAGAGGGCGACCUUCCUAGUGAUAAGUCAUUGCCAGCGGCAGUUUCACAGGGACGUUCACCGCUUUGAGAAAGUCUCCAAUAUAAUAAAGCAAUUCAAGCUAAGUUGCAGUAAAUUAGCGGCGCAGUUUCAAAGUAUGGAAGUUAGGAAUACCAAUUUCGCGGCCUUCAUCGAUAUAUUUACCUCGAACACGUACGUGAUGGUCAUCAUGUCCGAUCCGACUAUACCAUCCGCGGCGACGUUGAUCAACAUACGGAACGCGCGGAAGCACUUCGAAAAGUUGGAGCGCGCCAGCCAGAGCUCGGCGCUGACCAGAUAGAAGUCGGCGCGACCCAGGCGCCUUGUCACCCGGGUCCAUCCUGUUAAUAAUUGCUGAAUUUCUGGAAUCGUAUCGUAUAAAAAUGAAGCGCGAUUACGGGGAUUGCCGAGAUUGUUGACGAGAUCGGGGUCGCAAAAGUGUGAUACUUGAAUGUAUGGCUUUUCUCUCAACGUGAGCGUUUAUGACAAAAAUAUUAAAAUACAAGUAAUAUAAUCGACGUGUCCGAAAGAGGCUGACGGUUAUCGCUGUAUUUCAGGUCGUAUGUUAGGACCGGUAUCGACUGUGUGAAUUCAUCCCGACAUAUUACACGCGGAUGUAAUAUGGUCAUAUAAUGCAUCUGCCAUUUACCGCAUAGUAGAGUAUAGUUUCCGUACCGCGACUCUCGUAUGCUUCACCGGGAAGUGAUUAUUUUUUAUUUUUCGAUUCGAGAAUCGUGAUUCGAAACGUGUCGCAGUAACAUCCAACGAAUGUUAGUCAUAAUUGAAUCACGCGCAACCAAAUGUCUCUCUUCUGUAUAUGCAUGCGUCACGAUGUAACAAUGCGAGGACUGAGUAUCCACUUGAGAGCCUCAUCGUUCUCGAAAGUGAUUCACGACAAUAGAAGAGUUUCCGACGAUAACCGGAUUACGUACAAUCGCUCUUAAUUAUGUGUUCACCAAUAGCUUUUUACUACUGAAGAUUCUCAAAUAUGAAAGGCACUCUCAAGUGGAUGUGCAGCCCACGUUGUAUAUCGGAGUGUCGUAUUGUGGUUGUAAAAAAAAAUCGAUAAAUAGUUAACGUCAAUUUAGGAAAGGAUUAUACGGUGUAUUUAUAUGUUUACACCCUUUAAACAAUGCAAGAGUUACGUAUGAUAUGUAACAAAACUAUAUUGUAUUUUUUAAAUGUGCAAAUAAAUUAUAACCACAAGUAGGCUAUGUCUUCUACGUCGAUGUGGAUGUGCUUAGAGUUAUAGAAAUAUUUUCUCCGAUGAAAUAAGUGUUAGAAGUAAUAAUAAAUUUACUAUUGAAACCA